AUGGGUAAAUGGGCAAAAUAUACGAAGAAACACAACAAGGACUGGAAACGUGAACCAACAUUUAAAGGAUGGCUUACUUCCAAACAACAGAGUGUUUGUGCUAGUAGUAGUAGUAGCAAUAAUAUUGGUGAUGGUGAUGUAAGUUACUGUAAAAUUUGCUCAGUGGAAUUACGGUCUCACAAAGGUGAUUUAUUGAAGCAUGCAAGUACUUCUACAACACAACAAAUGGAAAUAAAAAAAAAGGAACUGAUUUUGGCAACCUAUAUAGCUAGCCUCAGUGCUAUUUUUGGAAUUGAUCACUUGAGUGAGGAAAGUGAUGUUGAUCACCAUAAAGGUUUCAAUGAUGUUAUUUUACUGAUAUGGUCAUUAGCGGGACAAAUAUUAAAGCCUCCCUUAGUUCAAGAACUUAAAAUUCAGAAUGAUAUUGAUGUGUUAAAUAAUUCAUUAAAAUUUGAAAACAAUUUCUUGAAAUUUGAAAAUUGCGACUUUGGAUAUUAUUUUAACAUUGAACUAGAAAAUGCUGAUUUGCCUGCUGAAGAGGUGCAAGCAUUAAAACAAAAAUGUCUUGAUUUCAUCAAAAUUCUUAUUCAAGAACUUAUCAAGCAUAAUGAUAUUACGUUGGAAAUACUCAACACAUUAACUAAAAAUGAUUUAAAAGAAUUAAUACCAAACUCAUUAGGUAUCAGAAGACAAAUAUCUCUUAAAAUUAGUGAGUUGAAAAAGAAGGAAGGCGAAACAUCCUCUUGUGGUACAACUGCAGUCACUUAUGAAAGUGAUUCUUCUGUUAUAACGUUGACAGAUUGCGACUCCUUUUUUGAAAGUAACACUUUUGUUGAUUUUGAUUUAAAAACUUUGUUGUCUACUUCUCCUCUGGGUAACAGUAUUUUGAAAUAUUAUGAGACUAAUGGUCAACUCGACAACACUAGAAGGAACAGAUUAGUCGAUAUAAUGAUUAAGCAUUUAUAUAACCAUAUACUUAGAAGACGCUUAAAUCAUUCAGAUUACAACAAAUUAUCUGCAAAAAUAAUUAGUCUUUUUUCGAAAGAAUCAAUCGGAGUAUAUUACGUUCCUGCAAUAAGAAAAGCCGAUUCACCGACAGGAAAGUCGAUCUUGGCCCGGGGAAAACUUGUGGACAAGUGCCGAAAUUUAAUUCACAAAUGUGAGGAGGCAACACCCAUUCGAAAGAAAAGAAAACACAGUGAGGAAGAAAAUCAACCUACGCCCGAAGUAACGUCUGUUAGCGAAGAUAUCGCUGAUGAUAUUUUAUGGUUGCAAAUUCAUAGCGAGCCUUUUGAAGACGUCCUAUUGAAGUGGCAAAAUACCGUAAAAUAUCGACUUGACAAAAACAAAGAUUUAAAGUAUGUGUCGGAAUAUUUGGACACAUGGCCAUGCAUUAAAAGGAGCAAAUAUGAAAUUCUGAUUGAAAGUGACUUUAAAUACUUAUAUUCAUCGAAAGAAUUAAUGCUAUAUUCCCGUUGGAAUAAAUUUAUAGAUGGUGUUAUACGUUUGAGAAACAAUUCAUCAAAUAACAAGCAUGUACAAGAACUCCUUUUGAUGAGGAAUGCGACAGAAUGUAGAAAUGCAAAAUUUUUAUAUGAUUUGAUCCUAUUUCCGCAUUUAAUACCACCGAAAGGCAGAAUUAUUGAAGGAAAAUCGCAUUGGAAGUUUUCCCUUCUUGAAACAACGGAAGCAGUAUUAGUUCAUGCACAGAUUAUCUCAAGAAUGGAGGAGGAUACACUAAGCAAUAGUGAAAGUUGUUCUUUUAUCGCAGACGUGUCAGAUUCAGAGGAUCCAACAUAUACACCGGAGAAGGAAAGAAAGGAAGAGAAAAAACGAUCAAUUCCGGUUUUUUUUAAUAUAAGAAACAUAAAAUACAAAACUUGUUCGGACGUUACUUCUGCUUCGUCAAGUAAAGGUUCUGAGUGCAGUGAUAUUUGUGAUAUAAGACAAAACAUUCCCGAUGAAAGCCUUCAACUUGCUGUUUUACAAAAAUGUCCUUAUUUGGAUGGGAAGUUUUUUAAAGUUACCAAGUUAAAUGAGUUAAAAAAAAAUGUUGAAGCACAAUGCCAAUUAUGUCUUCCAAAAACUGUAACCAUUAAAGGAACAUGGGGUGUGUCUACUAACUAUUUAAAACAUUUAAAAAAAAUUCAUGACAAGGAAAAUGCAAUGAAAGAAUAUGAUGAUUAUAAAUCUACUAAGAAACAAAAGAAAGAGAAUAUACCAGAAAAUAAAAGAAAUGUCAAGAACGCCAUUCAAAGUGAUCCAACCUUAAGAACCCGCCACACCAAUUCUAUAUCCAAGUGUACCAUACUUUGGAAGAUGGCUGGCAAGCCAAAGACCAGCGAAAUUAUUUUGGAAGUACUGGGGCAUAAUUUAAGUUAUCCAGGAGCUACGCGCUGGAACUCGAUGUUUGAUGCUAUUAAUCAAAUUUUAAAAGAAAAGGACAAAUUGUGCACUCUUUUUGAAAAACUUGAUAUAAAAAAACAGAUGUUUAAAGAAUCUGAAAUAGAAUACCUAACUCAAUAUUGUAUAAUUUUAAAACCUUUAGCUUCUGCUUUAGACAUCUUGCAAGGCGAGAAAAAUGCAUUUUUUGGUUUUCUAUUACCAUGCUUAGGGUCUCUUUUAAAAAAAUUCGAAAGAAUGCAAUUUGAAAAUUUUAAAGUUUCUAAACCAAUUCUAGACGCUUGCCAUGACGCUUUACUAGAAGGUUUCAGAAGUACUUUGACUUUUCAACAAAAGAAGCUAAAGAUGCAACAGUUGCAACGUUUACUUUGCCACAAUUUAAAUUAA